AUGACAUACGCUAAAACAGACCCUUUCAUCAGGCUCCCGCCGGAGCUACGUAUCCAAGUCCUCAUAUCGGUUGGCUGCAAAUCGUCGAUAUUACGAAUAAUCCAAGCAUCUCCUGUCCUACUGCAACAAUAUCUCGCACACAAGAAGUCUAUCUUACGACAAGUCCUUGCCACCGAAUUUGACGCCGAGAUGAUACAAGAUGCUAUGGCUAUUUUGUUGUUUCCGAAUCGUCGGACCUGUGCUGGUAAGCAUCAACGCAAGAAGCUUAGUCGUGCACACUUGCGGGCUUGGUCAAAGUCUCGGCUGCCCGAUCCGUUCAAGAGUAACGACGAUCACCUGGUGGGUCGGCUCAAUAAAUUACAUGAUCAAAUUCUUCUUUUGGUCGAGGACUAUAUCACCAAAGCCACUGCUUCCUUUCCCCCACAGGAAUAUCUUUGUCUACCAGAAAUUCAGCCGCUAUCAACGGAAGGACACCUUGUGUUCAAAGACCUCAAGGUCACGCCGCGAUUUAGUUCCGCCAAUCUCACAUCCUCGGAACGGAAAAGGUUUGUCAAAGCAUUUCUAAGGUUUGACUUACUAUGCAAGGACAGCAAAUUCUCUUUUACUCCCAGCAAUCUACGGCUACGUAAAAUCAGCAACGCCGAGUUCGAAGCUAUCGGGUGUGUCCACAGCUAUGUCUGUUCUCUAUACGGGGCAAUGCUAGCCCAAUGCAACCAUGCUGAUCUCCCAGCCGCUUUCGCAACUCCUACAUCCACAAUGGGGAUGUAUUUUCCGGUUCCCGACGCCCUCUUUUUUGAUGCCAACGUCUACGCACCUAAUCUGCAUUUACUUUCUCGCGACUUUGGCGAUGAUAUUGGGGCCGGUUUCUCAACGCUUGGGCUCGAUCGCCUAAUUAAAUUCCUUCGCUACAAUAUGGCCAAGCCAGAUAAAAGGAAAGCACUCGACAAGAAACUCAAAGAUGUCUGGAAUCAUGGAUUGUAUGGAGACCCGUGGGAAGCGUACUUCCAUAACAUAUUCGCGACCAAGCAAAAAUACAAAAAUGGUCACGAAUCGUCUUUAUACAACCAGCUCUCUCUGGAGCCCAAAGAGAAACUCAGAUACAAGCUCGGUCAGGAGCGCGCUUGGGUAUUUUUCAAUGACAGUCGCUUUUACCCGCAAGAGAGCGCCGAACGACCAACUUUUCCAUCGAAGAGAUUUCUCGCAGAUCAACCAGCUAAGAAAACUUUUAUCAACGAUUGGUUUGAUAAUCUGAGAGAUGACAAAGACUAA